GUGAAAACGAAACUAAAAACUAGGCCAGUUUGGGAUCUGUUUGAAAUUCGAACAAUGCUGAAUGCGACUCAAGAUUAAACGACGAACAUCGAUAAAAUAGAUUACUCGGGCAAAGACAAUAUAGCCUAGAUUCUUUUCUCCUGUAGACUGCAGAAGUAGAAGUAGCGACCCCGGGAAAGGGAAAGUUAGUUCGCUCUUCCUCAUAGCAACGAAGAACGCACAACAAAGUACUUGCGCUAUGGCAAAUGCGCCAUUGAAAGAGGUAUGUGUACCCUCAUCUAAAAUUAAGAAAAAACAACAUGCUAAUCUAGCCUGUAUGAAAUAGUAUUUAUAGUUAAAACACAUUUUAAAACAUACUCAUUACAUUUCAACUUACUCACUUAUGUAAUCUUAGGAUUUCCCAAAUUAUACACAGUGUAGCUACAGUGGACGUAGUUGUGGACAGUUUUGGCCUGUCAACCUCUAUGGUAGACCAGGGCUGUGUUUCCCUAAAGCAUCGGAGUGCUAAUAUCAUCUUAAUUACAUUGAAACUAAAUGGACGAAAGAUGAUUUUAGUGCUACCAUGCUUUUGGGAAACCCAGCACAGACCAAUUACCGCAUGGUAGGGUGUAGUUGUUAAUCAAUAUGCAGGUGGCAACCAGUUUUAGUCACACUGUAAAAAAAAAAAAAUCAAUCUACACACAAUACCCCAUAAUGACAAUACAAAACCCGGUUUUUAGACAUUUUAGCAAAUGUAUUAAAAAUAAAAAACGGAAAUAUCACAUUUACAUAAGUAUUCAGACCCUUUACUCAGUACUUUGUUGAAGCACCUUUGGCAGCAAUUACAGCCUUGAGUCUUCCUGGGUAUGACACUACAAGCUUGGCACACCUGUAUUUGGGGAGUUUCUCCCAUUCUUCUCUGCAGAUCCUCUCAAGCGCUGUCAGGUUGGAUUGGAGGCGUUGCUGCACAGCUAUUUUCCGGUCUCCAAAGAUGUUCGAUCGGGUUCAAGUCCGGGCUCUGGCUGAUCUCUCUGUACUUUGCUAUGUUCAUCUUUCCCUCGAUCCUGACUAGUCUCCCAGUCCCUGCCGCUGAAAAACAUCCCCACAGCAUGAUGCUGCCACCAUUGUGCUUCACCGUAGUGAUGGUGCCAAGUUUCCUCAAGACGUGAUGCUUGGCAAUCAGGCCAAAGAGUUCAAUCUUGGUUUGUGCCUUUUACUGAGGAGUGGCUUCCGUCUGGCCACUCUACCAUAAUGGCCUGAUUGGUAGAGUGUUGCAGAGAUGGUUGUUCUUCUGGAAGGUUCUCCCAUCUCCACAGAGGAACUCUGGAGCUCUGUCAGAGUGACCAUCGGGUUCUUGGUCACCUCCCUGACCAAGGCCCUUUUCCCCCAAUUGCUCAGUUUGGCCGGGCGGCCAGCUCUAGGAAGAGUCUUGGUGGUUCCAAACUUCUUCCAUUUAAGAGUGAUAGAGGCCACUGUGUUCUUGGGGACCUUCAAUGCUGCAGACAUUUUUUGGUACCCUUCCCCAGAUCUGUGCCUCGACACAAUCCUGUCUCGGAGAUCUACGGACAAUUCUUUCGACCUCUUAGCUUGGUUUUUACUCUGACAUGCACUGUGGGACCUUAUAUAGACAGGUGUGUGCCUUUCCAAAUCAUGUCCAAUCAAUUGAAUUUACCACAGGUGGACUCCAAUCAAGUUGUAGAAACAUCUCAAGGAUGAUCAAUGGAAACAGGACGCACCUGAGCUCAAUUUCGAGUCUCAUAGCAGAGGGUCUGAAAACGUUUAUUUUUAAAACAUUUGCAAACAUUUCUAAAAACCUGUUUUCGCUUUGUCAUUAUGGGGUAUUGUGUGUAGAUUGAUGAGGGAAAACAUUAAAUCAAUUUUAGAAUAAGGUUGUAACGUAACAAAAUGUGGAAAAAGGGAAGGGGUCUGAAUACUUUCCGAAUGCACUGUAACCAGUAAUUAUUAUUCAACAUGUCUUCCUUCACCUGUGAUUUGAAUUUACUGCCUCUUGGUUCUUCCUGCCGCCAAUUCUCUGGCAACAGGACACGUUGAACAUGAAUGACUGUAUAAAUGAACAUCCACAAUGUCAACAUGUGUCAAAUAUGCAAGUUGAAAUGUUGUGUGUGUAACUAUGUCCACAGCCUUUUUUUUUUUUUUUUUUUUUGGUAAGAUGCCCAAAUUAGAAUUUUUAGUUGAAUGAAUAUAUGAGACAAUUUGAGCGGACACAUGUUUUUACGUUUGCAGAAAUGUUGCCUAAGUUUUCUCAUGUUGGAGCUAAUUUUGGGCCAACAAAAAAAGUUAAGUUCAGGUAACACUUUGACCGAAAAGUUGAGUAAAAAAAAAAAAAGGCUGUGGAACCAGUUACUUAAUAAUAUUUAGUUGAAACAACUAUAUGCAUUUUACAGAGCAUAUAGGUCAAGCAUGAGCCGUCUGUCAUUGUACUAUGUAUGUCACACUAAUUAGCAUUUUGAACUUGCCCGAACCCUUGAUGUCUUUCAGAUAUUUUCAGAUGUUACUCUCACUGUAGAUACAGACACUUUCAAAGAGCCUAACAGAGUGAAGUACAUUCUCUCAGAAUAUGAUGUCGCCGUUGCAAAAACCUCACAUUACGAAGUGCAGGGAUCAUUUGAGGAAAUGGAGGACCUGUUUGUGAAGAUGUCAAGUCUAGACAGAUCUGCUGCCCCCGCUCUCAGAGACAGUCCUCUUCCUCACCAACGGCGUCCUCAGUCACCUACUCCAGUGAAACCAGUGGAGGUAGUUGGGGCCGUUUGGGACUUUAUCCAACAGAGAUGCUCAAAGGAGUUGAAGAGAAUCGAAGGGGAAGACAUCUCAAUUCAUAAACCUCAUGACAAAAUGGUGGUGACCUUUCAAAGCCACAGAAAAGAUCCGGUUCGGGCUCACUUCGCCAGAGAGCGCUUUGUCACGUUCUAUCAGAGACUCGCCACAGAUCUGCAAGUGAAGACUUACAGUUUGGAUCCACAAUACUACAAAAGCUUGCAGAGACAUUUUCCAGAACUUUUGAUUGAAGGAAGCCCCAGUAAAGACGAAGUUACAGUGACAGGGCGCUACAUGCAUAUGGUGAUAUUGGAGGAUUUUCUAUGGCGCGGUUACAGUUCCGCCGUGACAUCACAACGACCCCUGACACCCCAGAGAGUUAGCGCCUCUGGUGCUACACGAAACAAGCAGUCAGACAAAGGAGAAGAAGAGUCGUGUCCGAUUUGUCUGGACACCAUUAAAGAUCAAAACAAGGAGACGUUGGAAUGUAAACACUCGUUCUGUAGAAGCUGUCUGGCGCAGGCGUUCAAGACCAAACCUGUCUGUCCAACCUGUGGGGCAGUCUAUGGGCAAUUGAAGGGGACGCAACCAAAGGGCGGUACUAUGACUGUCACUAAGGAAAGGUCUUCUUUGUCUGGAUAUGAGAAUUAUGGAACAAUCGUGAUUCAGUACCUCAUUCCAAGUGGAACACAGAAGGUAAGCAACUAAAACAUACAAACUAAGUAUACAAACUACAUACAAAGCCACUAUUCUACCAUGGUACAUAAAAUACACAGCACUGCUAGUUUUCAUCCUUCCUAGCGAACGUCCUUCCUUCAGCGAGGCGCGAUGCCCAGAAUCACAGAUUCUACUAAUCACCUUGCAUCCCAAGCACCCACCCUUUUUUUUUAUGUGAUCAAGAUGAGCCAAUCUACACAAAGCCUUGCUCAGGUCUACCCUCUUAUGUUGUACUAUUACUGACUGUCACAUAGGAGGAGCAUCCCAACCCAGGUCAGACUUACCAGGGUGCAUCACGUACAGCGUAUCUCCCAGACUCCUCGGAGGGCAGGAAUGUUCUGGCGCUCCUGAAGAGGGCCUUCGACCAGCGACUCACGUUCACUGUUGGCCGAUCUUCCACCACAGGCGUGGAAAACGUCGUCACGUGGAACGAUAUCCACCACAAAACCUCAAAAUACGGAGGCACCAGUUGGUAAGUACAGUAUGGACGGAUGCACUCCAUUCUGUAGAAAUUCUGCACAGUUACAUAUUGUGAUACAUUACUUACAUGCAUAAUGAGCUGAUUAGAAGAGAUUAUGAACUGGGUGGUUCGAGCCCUGAAUGCUGAUUGGCUGACAGCCGUGGUAUAUAAGACCGUAUACCACGUGUAUGACAAAACAUUUAUUUGUACUUCCUCUAAUUACGUUGGUAGCCAGUUUAUAAUAGCAAUAAGGCACCUUGGGGGUUUGUGGUAUAUAGCCAAUAUACUGAACCACGGCUAAGGGCUGUAUCCAGGCACCCCCGCAUUGCAUCGUGCCGCAGAACAGCCCUUAGCCGUGGUAUCUCGGCCAGGGGAGGCUGCUGAGGGGAGGACUGCUUAUAAUAAUGGCUGGAACCGAGUGAAUGGAAUGGCACCAAACACAUGGAAACCACGGAAACCACGUAUUUGAUGUGUUUGAUACCAUUCCACCUAUUUCGCUCCAGCCAUUACCAUGAGCCCGUCCUCCCCAAUUAAGGUGUCACCAACCUCCUGUGAUAUUGGCCAUAUACCACACCCCCUCGGUCCUUGUUGUUUCAUUAUAAGGUGGUUAUACAUUCUCAUAGCAUGUCUUUCAAUGUCAUUAUAACUGCAGGAUAGAAGUGUUACCUUAUAUUCCAUUACAGGAAGUACAAACUCAAAAGGACAGUAGUUGUGAACUAAAGGUUUUGUUUUUGUAUCUAUGGUUACCCAGCUAUGGUUACCCUGACCCUGACUACCUGAGCCGUGUACAGGAUGAACUGAAGGUCAAAGGAAUCUAUUGA